AUGCUGAAGAACCUUUCAAUUCUGUCACUUCGAUACAAUAGGAUAUCGUCAUUCCAAUCAUCUGACAUUGCCAUCAUAAAUCAGUUAAAGAACGUAAAAAUAUUUAUCGAAGGAAAUCCAAUUAGCUGCGCAUGCUCAGAAUUAUCCUCCAUGAAGUGGAUGAAGAAUAACCAAUUGACCAUCAAAGAUCUGAAAAGUACUAAAUGCAUUGAAAACAAUCAAGAUUUGGCAAACUGUUUGCAUGAUGUUGCAUUCCGAAAACUUGAACUCAACUGCCAAACCAAAGAAUGGCUGAUUUAUACAUCUUUUGUUCUUUUUGUCCUCAUGGUGAUAUUGAUUUCAGCGGGAGCAGUAAAAAGAUAUCGUGUUCACGUAGAUUACAUCAUCUUAAAAUUGCGUAACAGAUGGAAAGGUGUCAUGAGAAAUAGGACUAAUACUGUUUAUGAGUUCGAUGUGUUCUUGUCGCAUUCUGAACACGACUAUGAAUGGGUGACUGAUAUCUUGUACGAGGAAUUAACGAGACAAGGAAUCCGUGUAAGUUUACCAGAGAAAGAUUUUCUUCCCGGUCUUUCUAAAGCAAAAGAAAUGCUCAGGUGCAUUGACAGCAGUCGAAAGGUAAUGUUUGUUAUCACAGAGAAAUUCUUGGAGAGUGGAUGGGAGUCUUACGCUGUUCAAAUGACAGUUACGCAUGCUUUUCAUAACCACAAAGAACAAUCUAUUGUCGUGUUAAUGAAAGAUGACAUUUCUCCUGCGAAAAUGCCAAAAGAUUUAAGGUACAUUUGGUGGUGUAUAGAAGUAAUAAAAAUGUCUGAUUUUGACAGCAAUCCGAACUGUUCCAUUUGGGAUCAUAUUUCUUCUCAUUUACGUCCAAACUUGUCUUGUUAA